AAUCAUACGUACGAACGAAAUACCAAGUUGUGUGGUACGGGAGGAGAAAAAAAUCUCCACAGGCUGGCAAAGGCGCUUGCCAGCAGCUUUCCGUCAACAUCGUCGUCAAUACUGGCUUGUGUUCGGGUCCGUGGCAAUAUUUUACCGUGAUUCCGUGAACCGUACAUGUUUUUUCUUCUGUUUGCUGCUCGGUACGACUAGUGUGCGAAGCGUGCAUAUGUGGCCACAUCCGAAAAGUGCGUGAAACAAAAUAUAAACCCCUGGUGGUGUUUCGCAGGCUAAAAAUCUCUCUCUCUUCGCCCCGAGAUAGUGAAAAAUGUGAGCAAACAAGGGGUGUUCAACAUAUGCAACGGCCCAAAGCGAGUGUUCGGAAUGUGGUGUAAAAGUGUUGGAAACCCGUCGAUUAUGCUAAGGAUGUGCAGUGAUGAGAUGAGAUAAGCGAUCAACCCAAGCUAAAAAUCAGUGAGCAAGAAGCUUAUCAAUCAAAGUGAAGAAUAUACGUGUGUGUGUGUUCCGACGAUAAGGGUCGGCGAUAAAUCGACAAGAAAUCGGAUUUGUGCCCGUCAUCUAGUGGAAGGCACACGUUGGCAGGUGUAAAAGUGUGUGCCACACCGGGGAAUAAUAGAUGCAGCAUCCGAAUGAGUUUGUGAGAAAGUAAACUUUCUUCGCAACAACGCAUCGUAGCAAGGCAGUGAGUUGAAAGUGAGACAUCUCCUACCGCAAGUGAUCAACACCGGGAGGACGCAUCCGGACCACGGUGCACGUGCCGUUGUUAUUCAACGUUUGUAAUCGAUUGUACGGUUUGCUAAAGCUGACGGCGCCGUCGCGCAGCCGAAUCGGUGACACCGUACGGACCGAUUCCGAGCGGAUCGUGUUGCGGAAAGCAACGGAAACCAGCACGACGGCGGCGGCAACAAGCGUUGUACCUGCGGUGCCAGCGAGGAGCAAGGCCAAACCAGGCGCUUCCUGAAAAAUGCCUCCGCCGCCGCCGCCUGGGCCGCCACCUCCUCCAGGGCCACCGCCACCGCCGGCCCUGAAGCUUGGUGGUGGUGGUGGUGCACCGUCGGCCGAUGGGCGGAACGCUCUGCUCCUUUCGAUCCAGAAGGGUACCAAGCUCAAGAAGACGGUUACGGUGGACAAGAGUGCACCGGCAAUUCAGGGCAAGGUCGCUUCCGAUGGAGCAGCGGUGCCGGGCAGAGCGAACAACCGUGCUCCGGGUCGGCCAACGGCAGGUGAUGAUGGUGGUCCAGCAGCACCAACCGGACCGGGGCAGCCGAAGCUGGGCGGACUGUUUGAGGGUUUGUCAUCGAUGCCGAAAUUAAAACCGGUCGGCAGUCGGACGCCCACCGGAACAGCAAACGCAUCCGCGGCGGGAUUGCAGCAGCAAAACAAAACACCUUCGCCGGAAGCCUCCAAGGGCUCCCCGAUCAACAAUGGACGGGUGGGGAAUGGUGGCGGUGGUACCGCCGCGCCACUUGACUUCUCGGACGAGCUCGCGCAAAAGUUAACGCUCAAAAAACAGAAACAGCAGCAGGGCAGCAGUAGCAGCAACACAUCCUCGUCGGCCAUCAAUCCACCGCCUCCCACAGCGGUGCCGAACGAAACGAACCUGCGGCUAAACCGAGGACCACCACCGCAACCACCAACAUCGAUCCAACGGCCUUCCGGAGACAACGCGUCGUCAAAGGCGGCACCAGCAGCCUCCAGCCAGAAAAGCCAAGCACCUGCAACACCAAACCACCUGAACCACACGCUCAAGCUGGCAGCAUCGAAACCGUCGGCUACGAAUGGACCACUGUCCGCAGGCAGCAGCAGCAGCACCACUAGUCCCACUAUAAACGCAACCAGCGGCAGUGUACCGAUUCCGAAUCGAUCGGCCCUGUUCGGUAGCAACGCGACGACGACGCCGGUGACGAGUGUUUUGAUGGGCAAUGGUAGCGUACCGUCGGCAACAAUUCCGGUGGCACCGAAACCGGUACCAAAUUAUGGCAAACCAAAUCUAGCACCGAAACCGCCCGGUAUGCAGCUGGGCGGAACGGCCGGAGAUGGCGGAAGCACGACGCGCCCAACCGUGAGUCGACACCAGAGCAUGCGAAGUCCAAGGUCACCUCCGGUCUCGCAAACGGCACCGGUGUUUCCUGCCAAUCACUUCGGUACGAUGCGCGGACCACCCUCGUCAGCGGCCAUGUUCCAGUCGUCGGAAUCGAUCGUACGGCCAGUGCGGGAAGUAACGGGUCGCCCAUCUGCACCACCGCCAAAGCCACCAACGAUGAAACCACCGCCACCGCCACCGGUGCGGAGCGUCAGCAAUACGAACCUAACGCACCUGCCUCCAUCGCUUAGCCUGGCACCAUCGUCACUGAACACGACCGGCACCAGCUCACCGGCAACCGAACCAACCUCGUUCGGCUCGGUGAACAACGUGGCCUCGCUUACGCUGGCCGACGAACUGCGGGCAAAGGUAUCGAACGCCGCUAACCUGUCGGUGGCCGGUUCGUCCGCCAACUCCAUUUCCACCGGUAACUUGAGUGUGCUCGGUGGUGGGAACACCCUGACGAAAGGUGGCAGUUUGAAGACGACGGCGGCACCACCGCUACCACCCCAUCGGACGAGCCCGGCGCCACCGCCACCGGUUUCGGCGGCAAUACUGAACUCGGGUGAAGCGCCAGUACCGCCCCAACGAAUUUCGUCAAUCCGCAACUCGGCCGGUAGCGGUAGCUUACCGUCGACAGUGUCGGCCAGCAGCAACAGCAGUAACAGCAGCAGUAGUCACAAUCAGAGUCAUCAUAGUCAUCAAAGCAGCACCGUCAUAAUCACGAGCAGCAGCACCGCAGCGUCCACGGGCGGUGGCAGUCUUCAUCGUAAGGACACAUCGCUAACGUCGGUCAACAGCAGCAGCUCAUCGACUCAGGUGACCGGCACCAGUGCGAAGAUGCCGCUGCCGGAGAUAGACCUCGAGUCGAAGUACGCGCUCUACUUCCACAAGGUGACGGAAUUUCCGCAGCCGAUACCGUUCCUCAAUGUGCCGAAAAUCUAUCAAAGCGAACUGCGCCAGCAGCAACAGUCGGCGCAACAAGGGCAGCAACCGCAUCGGCAGUAGGGCGUGUGUGACCCGUGCGCGGUACGAACGAUCAACCUACAAGUGAUGGAUGUUGGAAUGCACACGACAAAUGCAGACAGAGCUGGAUGGCAAGUGCAUAUCCGGUAGAGGGGAAAAACAGUAUUUACCGGUAAUACGGACGUCGCAAUGCACAUACUUUCAUACACACACACGCACCACAUCUAUGUGGCAGGAGCAAAUUGACGUGAUUAUUAAGCUCAAUCAAUUAAUACGUAUAUACAUAUAUAUACACACACACACGCACCUAUAUAUCCAUAUACAUUACCAAUCGAUCGAGCGCCGAUGGAAAGCUGCUGCUGCUGUGAAGCUGUGAACGCGACCGAAGGGAAGACGUGUAAGGUAAACGUGAUUUAAAUAAUGCAUUAAACAAACAACACUUAACAGCGAGUGCGUUGGCCCCCUGGAAUAGAGAAAAAAAAACCAAUAACUUAACAACUCUACCGUACAGUGAACGUAGUGAAGUAGUCUAAAAUGGAGCAAUUAAAUUUGAGGAGAAAAAUCAUCAAAUCAUAUCAGGAAAGAGGCGGGGCAGCAGAGUAGCAAAAAACGCAGCAAAAAAGCAGACAUGAAUUAAAGGGAAUAUCUUAACUAAAGCUGCUCCAAUAACUCGGAACUAAACUACUACUUAAUAUACAAAUAGUUUCUUCAUUCGAUCGAUUCGUCGCAGUAGAGCAAAUAUUUUUCGAGGAUUACACAUUUCGAACACAGGCACACAAUAUUUCGAUCGAAUGCAACGAAGGGAGGGAAUUUAAGGGGGAAGCAAAGCGUAUGUAGCGUUUGUACAUAGAGAAACCGAUCGGGCGUUUGUUGAUGUUUUAGUUAAAAAGGGGUUCGUUUUUCUGUCCAAAUUUAAACAGGAUGUAGCUAUAGCAAUAUGUGUACGUGUGGAGGGAUUAUCGGAUUAUACCCACUACACCCAAAUCUUCACUGUUACAAGUUUUCGAUAGAUGAUCGUUUUUUGCAGCCCCGUUUCACACGCACACACACACGCACGAAUCACACCUGUUUACCUCUUUUAUGUGAGUGUGUGUGUGUAGUGCAACUCUCUCUCCCAACCACAACAGAGUGUAGAACACGGGCAAUUAGUGUCCUGGCGCACGCAAGGCCAUUCUCGGUACGGGAGACACACUGCGGUACGACGAGCAGAAGACGCUAUCGCAUUCAUGCAUUAUUAUGUUGCAAAACACAUUUUUAUUUCAACUGUGUCAAGAAAGGGUGAAUUGUUUUUAUUUUAGGAUUCUUAACACAAAAUUAACAAGCAAUUUAUUCGCUGAAAUAAUGGCGGCGGCAGCACAACGUUACAAGCGGGGCAACGGGCCCAAAACGGGGAUUGUUAUGUUGUACAGCGUUCUAACUAUCGAAGCAAUUAGUAUCGGCGUGUUUGUGUGCCUCCUUGCUGCAUCGGCGCGGCGGUACAUUAGAUGCGAUGUGGUUGAUGGAGCUAGCGAUCGUGUUUGUGGGUAGCUGGCGCAGCAUGGUGUAAACCACCAUGAAACCAUUGGGGAACAAUCAUUGCAACAACAACAAAAAAAGGACAAAUAAGACAGAACUGUGAGUUUGGGAAGGUGAGGGCGAGAACUGUUUGAAGGAGAGCUGCCGUUGUUCGGUUACCGUGUGUGUGUCGGUUGACCCAUUCAAAAGCUAGACGCAUGAUGGCGGUGGAAUGGAGCUGGGUGAGCGAGCUCGGUUCGAUGUAGCUGUGGUGUCGUGUUUCUUUAUUAAUCGCAAUUUGUUACAUUUCAAUAUGUUGUAAAUAUGAAUUCAAAUCAGAACAAUAUUUAAUCGUGUACGGUUCAUAGACGGCGACGGUGUGGAGAAGAACGAGCAAAGUCAGUGCAAAAAAGAAAAAAACCCGACCUGCGACUGCGAACAAUAACAGACAGAAAAGAAUUAAACAAUAUUAA